AUGACUGAAGUACUGACUAUUGCUGUAUGCCUUUUCAACCAAGUCACUGCACUCGACUAUCAAGGACCUGUCGAAUUGUUUGGUUUCCUCAGUCCUGAUAGUACCCUGCGGUCUGAAAUCAAUUCUCCUCGGUCCUUACGCUUGAUAUUUCUAUCGCACAACCUUGAUCCUGUUAUCCCCGGAGCUGGACCUGCUAUCCUCCCGCAAGCGACUUACAAUGACGCUCUAGCUUCGAAGAUUCAGUAUGACAUCCUAUUGGUUCCAGGAGGGGCGGGCGCACACCCGGAGAGGGUCCACGUUGACCUCCUGAAUUUCCUGAAGCACCAAAUUCCUGGAGCUCGCUAUGUCCUGAGUGUCUGUACUGGCUCUUGGAUCCUUGCAGGCACAGGUGUUCUUGAUGGAAAACGGGCAACGACAAACAAGUUCUCGUUCAAAUCUGUUAAAGAAGCUACAAGUGACAAAAUUGAAUGGGUGGCAAAGGCUCGGUGGGUUAUUGAUGGGAAGGUAUGGACAAGCUCUGGUGUAACUGCAGGUGCGGACAUGGCCAAUGCCUUCCUUGUCCAUCUAGUUGGAGAGGACGUCGCGAAGACGAUUCGCGGCAUUGUCGAGCUGUCUGCUAGGGCCGAAGAUGAAGACGAGUUUGCAGGCGUCCAUGGCUUACUAGACUAG